AUGCAACUCACCUGGAAAGACAUUCCAGCGGUCCCCACGUCCAACGACAUGUUGGACAUUGUCCUGAACAGGACUCAAAGAAAGACGCCGACCGUGAUCCGUCCAGGAUUCAAGAUUCAGCGUAUCCGUGCGUUCUACAUGCGUAAGGUCAAAUUUACGGCUGAAGGGUUCACAGAGAAAUUUGAGGAUGUGUUGAAAGGAUUUCCAAACAUCAACGACGUCCAUCCGUUUCACAGAGACCUGAUGGACACCUUGUACGAGAAAAAUCACUACAAGAUCUCUCUGGCAGCUGUUUCCCGUGCCAAGACGCUGAUCGAGCAGGUUUCCAGGGACUACGUGCGACUGCUGAAGUUUGGCCAGUCUCUUUUCCAGUGCAAGCAGCUCAAGCGUGCUGCUCUGGGACGGAUGGCCACAAUUGUCAAAAAGCUGAAAGAUCCGUUUGCGUAUCUUGAGCAAGUGAGACAGCAUUUAGGCCGUCUGCCGUCGAUCGACCCAAACACCAGAACGCUGCUUAUCUGCGGAUACCCCAACGUUGGUAAGUCCAGUUUCCUCAAAUGCAUCACCAAGGCCGACGUCGAGGUCCAGCCGUACGCGUUCACCACCAAGUCGCUGUACGUGGGCCAUUUCGACUACAAGUACCUGCGGUUCCAGGCCAUCGACACCCCUGGUAUUCUGGACCGUCCGACAGAGGAAAUGAACAACAUCGAGAUGCAGAGUAUCUACGCCAUUGCGCACCUGAGAUCGUGUGUUUUGUACUUUAUGGACCUGUCUGAGCAGUGUGGUUUCAGCAUUGAGGCACAGGUCAAGCUGUUCCACUCGAUCAAGCCUCUGUUUGCCAACAAGUCUGUGCUUGUUGUUGUGAACAAGACCGACAUUAUCCGGAUCGAGGACCUCGAGGAAAGCCAGGCGCAGCUGGUGCAGAGCGUGAUGGACGUUCCGGGCGUCGAGCUGAUGCAGACGUCGUGCUACCAGGAGGAAAACGUGAUGGAGGUGAGAAACAAGGCCUGUGAGAAGCUGCUCACGUCGAGAAUCGAGCAGAAGCUCAAGGGCACUGCGAGAGUGACAAACGUGCUCAACAAGAUCCACGUUGCGAGACCGCAGGCCAGAGACGACGUCGAGCGCGUGCCGUUCAUCCCCGACGAGGCAAAGAGGCUCGACCGGUACGACCCAAUGGACCCAAACAGACGGAAGCUGGCACGUGACAUCGAGGCCGAAAACGGCGGUGCUGGUGUGUUCAACAUCAACCUGAAGGAGAAGUAUCUUCUGGAGGACGAGGAGUGGAAGAACGACGUGAUGCCCGAGAUUCUGGACGGCCGCAACGUGUACGAUUUCCUGGAUCCCGAGAUCAGUGCCAAACUGCAGGCUCUGGAGGAAGAAGAGGAGAGACUGGAGCAGGAAGGAUUUUACGACUCUGACGACGAGAUCGAGGACGACGAGGUGGCCGAGCUGCGGGAGAAGGCCGAGUGGAUCAGAAACAAGCAGAAGCAGAUGAUCCAGGCUGCGCGGUCGCGCAAGGCGCUCAACAACAAAUCGAUCAUGCCGCGGAGCAAAAUCACCAAGAGCUACUCUGAGCUGGAGAACCACAUGUAUCACGUGGGCCACGAUGUGAGCAAGCUGAGAGAGAAGCGCGAGAAGGCCGGCGGAGCCAGAGAACUGACGGGCUCGGACUAUGUGCGUGCGCUGGAUGAGGACAGAAAGGCACCGGCUCCUGCCAACCAGAGUGACAGACUGAACAGCGGGCUGAGCGACGGAGCUCUGCGCAGCAAGGCAGAGAGAAUGGCCAAGGCAGAGAGAAGAGAGAGAAACAGACAGGCGCGGGCCGGAGAGGCCGACCGCAGAGAGGUGGCCAUGAUGCCUAAGCACCUGAUGAGCGGAAAGAGAGGAGUUGGAAAGACCGACAGAAGAUGA